AUGAGCACUCGCAGAGAAAAUACUCCAGCGUGUGCCGCCUACAACAGGGCCUUGGACCCUGGAAACUAUGGGUAUCACCCUAGCCUGGCGGCAGGAGUGGUGUUCUCAACAAUCUUUGGGUUGAUCGCAAUUGGCCACCUUGUGAUUGUUAUGCGAACCCGAGUGUACUGGAUCGUGUUAUUCAGCAUUGGAGCAACCAUCGAAACCAUCGGCUGGGUAGGUCGGGCCAUAGGAUAUCACUGUCCCUAUUCGCGCUCGCUUUUUCUGAUGCAGACAGCUACUUUGAUCAUGGGGCCGUCUUGGACUCAGGCAGGAAUAUAUAUUGCACUGUGGGUUUUGGUUCGAGGCUUGGGCAGGAAAACCUCCCCAUUCUCUCCCACGGUUUACCUUUUCGGGUGCUUCGUGGCCGAUGUCGUGUGCUUGAGCUUGCAAGCGACGGGCGGGGGUCUGGCUGGAUCGGCGUACUCCAAGCACGAAUCUACCGACCCUGGAACGAAGACGAUGGUCGCCGGCAUCAUCUCUCAACUCGGAGUUGCGGUUGUUUUCUGCUUCCUGUUUGCCGUCGUGGUGCACCGUGGUGCUACACAACUCCGAGACCCUGGUAACAGAAAACUUUGGCACAUCACUAUAGCCAUUGUUACUGCCAUUUCGAUGAUGAUCAUGCGCAAUGUCUAUCGAUCGAUAGAGCUUCUUCAGGGAUGGCGAGGAUACCUGAUCACGCACGAGAGGUUUGUGGUGGGCCUUGAUGCUGUUCCGAUGACUAUAUCUAUGGCUACCUUCCUGGUGAUUCAGCCGACGAUGGGUCUCAUAAAGAGGAAAGUCCAUGACCAAGGUUCACGCCCCGAAACUACGCUUACAGAAUCAUCCCGGGAGAAGGAAUGA